CGUACGCUGCUGGAGCGGUUAAGAGCUCGGCCUUGUCGCGGCGGCCUUGGACGUCCCAGCUGCCGUGAGCAGGACGUGGCGGUGCGAAGUCGUCGUGUUCAUGCUGUGAGUGCAUCUACAACUUAGCUGAGCCAUGAACUUUGCACUCCAAGACCUGCUGGCUUGCUGCCGCCAUCUUGAAAGUGACAAGGCCACAGACCGAAAGAAGGAAAUUGAGAAGUUCAAGCGUCUCAUCAGGGAUUCUGAAACAAUUCAACAGCUGGAUCGAAAUUCUGAUUCCAAAAAUGGCAAACAGAUGAACUGGGAUACUGUAUUCAGUUUUCUUCAGAAGUACAUUAAGAAGGAAACUGAAAGUGCAAGAUUAGCAAAACCAAAUGUGUCUGCAUCAACCCAAGCAACACGACAUAAAAAGAUGCAAGAGAUCAGCUGUUUGGUGAAAUAUUUCAUCAGAUGUGCCAAUAAAAGAGCACCCAGGUUAAAAUGCCAAGAGCUUCUGAUUUUCGUCAUGGACACAGUAAAUGAUCCAUCAAGUUGUGCCAUUUAUGGAACUGAUUGUAGCAGUAUAUUGUUAAAGGAUAUUCUUACAGUGAGGACAUAUUGGUGUGCUAUCCCUUCACAACAGUGGUCAGAUCUUCAAAACCUGUACUUCAAAUUGUUUCUCAAACCUUGUAGAGAUAUUAACAAAGUAUUGGUGGCUAGAAUAAUUUAUACCUUGACCAGAGGACUGUGCCUCCAAACUGAUGGGUUAAAUUCUACUAUUUUAAACUUCUUCUCUAAAGCUAUGCAGCUUGCAAGGCAAGAAAGAAACCCCGCAGGCCUCGAUCAUAUUUUUGCAGCCAUUAAUGUAUAUUUGAAUGUAUUUGCAGUCAACUACCGUAUGCGGGUUUGUAAACUAGGAGAGGAAAUUCUGCCAACUGUGCUCUAUAUAUGGGCUCAGUAUAAGCCGAAAGAUUUCCUAAAGGAGCAGAUCAUUCAGUUCAUUCAGCUGCAGGUUCGUGUUCAUCACCCAAAUGGAGUGAAAGCCAAAGAAAAAGGAGUAUGCGACCCAACAAAAUGGCAAAGAAUUGUAUACAACCUGUAUGAACUAUUAUUGAACGAGAUAAACCUCAUAGGCAGCAGAGGAAAGUAUUCUGCAGGGUCACGCAGUAUUGCUGUGAAGGAAAACCUGGUUGAGUUAAUGGCUGACAUUUGUCAUCAGGUCUUUACUGAAGACACCAAAGUCCUGGAGAUAACUCAGUCGUAUGCUGCUACACAGAGAGAAUGUGGAGAUGUACCAUCCAAGCGUAGGAGAAUUGAAUCAGGUUGGGAAGUGGUGUGGAGCAACCUGCAAAGUUCACAGAAUGACUUUUAUGUUAUACCCUGGCUGCAGAUUACGACCAGAUUGAUAUCGAAGUACCCUAAGAGCUUUCCUCACUGUGAACGUCCUCAUUUGCUUAGUAUACUUUACCAGCUGCUGUCUCAACAGCGUCGAAGAGAACGGAUGCCUUAUGUGUUACGUUGUCUUAAAGAGGUUGCAUGGUGUCAAAGCCAACAGGUAGAUCUGAAACCUGUGCAAAACUCAGAACUGCAACGAAUCUGGUCAAAAGUUUGGUCUCUUGUCGUUCGUAGCCUAAGUCUUCAGCAAACUGAAGUGGAAUGCUUUGGAUUACUUCAAGUCAUGAUUCAAGGAAGCUUAAUAGCACUGGAUAGAGAAAUUUGGAAGAUAUUUUCACUAUCUGCAUGCAAACCUUCAAGUUCUUCAGCAAAGUGCUUGGCAUUAGCAAUGACAUCUUUGGAAGUGCCAGAGACUUCUAAAACUGAGGCAGUACAGAAUGAUUGGGAAGGAAGUGCAGCUUCUACAUUAAAAGAAACCAUUAUGAAGUGGCUUCUGUUCUGCCACUUAGAGGAAGAAAUGGAACACAGGACAGAGCCACCACCCAUCCUACGCAGUGAUUUUCCCAAAUUAGAGUUGCAAAAAAUCCUUGUAAGUCUGACUAUGAAAAAUAGUAGAGCAGCGAUGGAAUUUUUUCACAAUGCUUCAGAAUGUACACAACAUGCACAAGACACAGAAGAUGCCAGCCGUUCAGAAAUUGAAACAUUCUACAUGCAAACAACUUUCGAUGAAAUAGGCAUUUUUACAAAUGUGGCAAAUGAUACACCUGAAAGCAAAUUGCUCAGUUCCAGAUUAACAGUCAGUCAAAAACACAGAGAAGCCUUAGAACAGCACUUGUUGGAGAUAUCAGAACAACUUCUGAAUAACUUUUUGCCUGAGGUUGCAUCUGCAAUAAUCCUAGUACGUUGUGCCAGCCUCCUGAUUGGUGUUCUUGGCUGCUACUGCUAUGCUGGCAUACUGACGGAAGAAGAAGCACGCAAAUCAAAGCUGUUUCAUAAAGCCAAGUCUCUUAUUCAUUAUGUGGAAGAAACUAUUUAUCAGUCUAAAAGCAAGCUAAAUGAAGAUUCUAGGAUCAUUUUAUUAAGGACGUUAAUAGGACAGUGUAUUAGUUGCGCAUGUAAUUGUAAGCAGAACAGCCCAAGAAAGAUCCUGUCUGGAAUUUUCUUGCAUUUGUUAACCUCAAAACUGAUGAAUGCUCUUGUAGACAUUUGCAAACAUCUGAUGUUUUCUACUGGGAGAAUAAGUGAAGCUGGAGAAGUGGAUUUAAUGGAAGAUGAUCCAGAAGAUAGUAGGAUGGAAGGAGAAAAUCCGACCACGUCAGAUCUUUUUGAUGAUCACUCUGCUGAAGCUGGUGAUGUAAAUGAGGGUGGAGAGUUGCAAACUUUGACAGGUGCCAUAAGCCCUUUGUCAGAAGAACAUUUGGCAAAGCAGGACUUGCUGCUCCUUGAUACUUUAAAGUUCUUGUGUAUAGCUGUCACAGCAACCCCAGUGCAAACUGUUUGCUUUAGAGCGUCUGAAAUUUGGAAUAAACUCUUGAUGCUAAUUGAGGAAAACAUGUUUGAUUAUAGUAAGCCACAGCAUCUGCAUGUGUACUUAGUCUUGUUGAAGGAACUCCCCAGUGAAGAAAAUCCCUUGCCAGAUGACCACCUUGUCUCCCUUCUCAAGCCUCUUUCGGAUAUAUGUCCCUUUUAUCGUCGAGAUCAAGAAGUUUGCUCAGCAAUUUUAUAUAAUCUCCUUCCUAUGGUGACCGCCUUGGGUGCUGCCAGAGCAAAUGCUGAAGCCCUGGGUCCACUUUUAACUGUUGUUGCAGCAUUUUGGCAAUUAGCAAAUAAAGGAAAAUACACAGCUCCAGUAAGAAUUGCCUUAGUGAAUUGUAUGAAAGCCUUACUUCAGGCUGAUCCUCAUUCAAAGUGGGCUGUGCUUGAUGUUAAUGGUGAAGAACUCCCUGUGAGUGAUGCUUUCCCCCACUUCCUUGCAGAUAGCAGUUUUCAAGUUUGCAUGAUUGCAGCUAAAUCAAUAAGCAGUUUGUUUCAAGAUGUGAAGCUGAGAGAUUCAACUGGCUUACUGAAUGCUCUUCCAUUGAAGAUACAGCAAAGGGCUUUUGAGAACUUGUAUCUCACAGUUCAAGAAGGAACAAAGAAACUGGCACAUGGCACCGUGAAUCAAGAGAAUCUUCCUGAUGAAGAGUAUAAUAGAAAAUCAGUUCUUCUCAUGUUAAUAACGAUGAUUUUACGCUGCAGUCCUGUGUGUGAAAAGCAAGCACUGUUUGCAGUUUUCCAGUGUGUAAAAGAGAAUGGAUUAGAACCUCACCUUGUAAGGAAGGUAUUGGAAAGAAUUCCUGGUACUCUCGGAUAUAGAAGUGUGGAAGAUUUCAUGAAUACACACGUAGAUUAUCUUGUUCACCAAUGGCUGAACUGCAGCUACAGCCUUCCGGAUUUUCCAUAUAUAUUAUUGAAUUACUCUACUUUGGACGAGUUCUACAGAUCCUGUUACAAAGUUUUGAUUCCGCAACUCGUUGUUAAGCAACAGUUUGAAGAGGUUGCAUCCAUUGCUAACAAGAUUGAAAGAGGGGAGCAACAGCUCUUGGCACAUUGUUUCCCCAAAAUGCUUGUCAACAUCCUCCCUUAUUUUGCCUAUGAAAAUCAUGAAGAUGAUGAGAUUGUGCAAAAGAAAAAGACAGCUCAUGAAGUCUAUGAGAGGCUGAAAGAUGACAACUGCUUAGGAAAACAGCUGAUUGACAAUUUAUUUCAUAGUAAUUUACCAGAGAUUGUAGUGGAGGUAUUGAUGACACUGCAUGAGUCAGCCGGUAUUGCAGCACAAGAAGAUUCUGAUCUAACAAGAUUUACAGGGGAUCUGGAUCCCACUCCUAAUCCUCCUCAUUUUCCAUCACGUGUCAUCAAAGCAACAUUAGAUUACAUUAGCAGUUGUCAUAAAACGAAGUCAAAAGGUCUUGUAGCAAUUCUUUCCAAGCACCCUGAGUCAUUCCAAAAAAUCUUAUUUGCCAUAUGUAAGCAAGCAUCUGAAACAAAUAAUAUAUACAAAAGACAUAGAAUUAUUAUGAUAUAUCAUUUUUUUGUUCAAUUAUUACUGGAAAAAAUAAAGGAUGGUUUAGGAGGAGCAUGGGCUUUUGUACUCCGGGAUGUGAUUUAUACUACAAUUUACCACAUCAGCAACAGGCCUGUUCCUCUCAAAGGGAUAUCCCUCCGGAGCUUCUUGCUAUGUUGUGACCUCCUCAGUCGUGUUUGCCAUACAGCAGUAAUAUAUUGUGGAGAUGCCCUAGGGAGUCACCUCCAUGUUGUUGUGGGGACACUGAUUCCCAUAGUUGGAGAACAACCUGAAACCCAAGAAGAAGUCUUGGGCUUAUUGAGAUAUCUAGUGAUAGAUAACAAAGACAAUGAAAACCUAUACCAGGCAAUCAAACAUUUGGAUCCUUUUCCAGAUCAUCCUGCUUUUAAAGACCUGCGUGCUACUCAGCAAAAAAUAAAAUACAGUAAUGGUGGAUUUUCUCUCCUGGAGGAAAUUAACCAUUUUCUGUCCAUAAAUAUCUCGGAUUCGCUACUGUUAACGAGACUUGAAGGUUUAAAUGAUUUGCGUAAGCAACUUAAGGAGCAUAAAGAUCAAAUGAAGGACCUUAUGAAAGAAUUUCACGAAAACCCAAAGGACUGUGUAAUAGUGAAGCUGAUAGCGUGUUUCUUACAACUUUCAAAAACAGCUGUUAAUUCUACCAAUAGAGCCUUGGAUGCAGUUGGAAGUUGUUUGGGAGAAAUUGGUCCUAUCAAUUUUUCCACCACAGCGUUGCAGCACAGUAAAAGUGCUUCGUCCUCAAGUGCAGUUGAUCUGUUUGAAGACCGAGAACUUCAAUGGGUCUUCAUAAUGUUAACUCUCAUAAAUAAUGCUUUAAUAGAUCAAUGUAUUGACGUUCGAUCUGCUGCUGUUGCAUGUUUAAAAAACAUUCUAGCCGCUGAAACUGGACAUCGAUUUUGGGAUAUUUACAAAACCGAGACCGAUCCCAUGCUGGUAUACCUUCAUCCUUUCAGGGUGUCUAAGAAAAAGUUCUUGGAAGUGCCCAAACAAGCAAGAGACACUCUUUCCGAAGAUCUGGAUAAUACAAAUCUGUGGAUUCCUCAAGGUGAAAGCCAUGAUGUUUGGAUUAAGACCUUGACUUGUGCAUUGUUGGAUAGUGGAAGGAUAAAAAGUGAAACCCUUCUUUUUCUGAAGCCCCUGUGUAAGGUUCAAACUGCUUUUUGUCAGGCUGUCCUUCCAUAUUUGAUUCAUGACAUUUUACUUCAUGACUCAGAUGAAUCUGCACAAUCUCUUUUAUCAACACACAUUCAGAUGUUUUUUACCACCUGUUGCAAAUAUGCACUAUCUCCCAGUAGGCCAUCUACACCUGCAAAUUCAGAUCCAGAUUCACAAACCUUUGUUCAUGGAAGUUUGGAUAAAAUAUCUCGACGCACAAUGCUUGCUGUUGUUGACUACUUAAGACGGCAAAAGAGGAGUCCUUCAAGUACAGUCUUCAGUGACAGCUUUUGGCUGGAACUCGACUACCUUCAGGUUGCCAUGGCAGCUCAGUCUUGUGCUGCUCACUUCACAGCUUUGCUCUAUACAGAAAUCUAUGCUGACAAGAUAAUUUCAGACAAACAGCGAGAAAGGUCUACUUUCAAAGCAGCUAAGCAGCUAACAUUUGAGGAAGGAAGUCAGAAUUUAACACUAACUUCUUUGAGCAAGAAGAGCAAAGUGGAAACUGGAAUAAGUUUGCAGGACCUUCUCAUGGAAAUAUACAAAAGCAUAGGAGAACCCGAUAGCCUCUAUGGCUGUGGUGGUGGAAGAAUGCUGCAGCCUUUAGCUAGGAUAAGAACAUAUGAGCAUGAAGCAGCAUGGGAGAAAGCCCUAGUAACCUAUGACCUUGAAACGAAUCUUCCACCAUCAACUCGGCAGGCAGGAGUAAUAGAGGCCUUGCAGAAUUUUGGGCUGUGUGACACACUCUCCAUCUACCUUAAAGGACUGGAACAAGAGAACAAAGAAUGUUCUAUGGAAUUGCAAGAGAUUCGUUAUCAGGCAGCUUGGAGGAACAUGCAAUGGGAUCACAUCUCUUCUGUCAAAGAUGAGGUUGGAGAACAAGGCUACCACGAAUCAUUGUAUGAUGCUCUACAGUGUUUAAGGGACAAUGAAUUCUCUACGUUUUAUGAAAGACUGAAGUGUGCCAGAGUCAAGGAAGUAGAAGAGCUGUCUAAAGGCAGCCUUGAGUCUGUAUAUUCAUUGCUGCCUACACUCUGCAGACUGCAGACCAUUGGAGAGUUGGAAUGCAUAGGACAACUUUUCUCUGGAUCUUUUACUGCCAGCCAGCUGAAUUGUACGUUUCUGAAGUGGCAGAAACAGUCCCAGCUUCUCCAAGACAGCGACUUUAGUUUUCAGGAACCUAUCAUGGCUCUCCGCACAGUAAUUCUGAAGAUCCUGAUGGAGAAGGAAACUGAGAAUGCCAAAAGGGAAUGCAUCAAAGACAUCCUCACAAAACACCUGGUGGAGCUGUCCAGAUUGGCUCGAGUGGCAAAAAACACGCAGCUUCCAGAAAGAGCAGUGUUUCAAAUUAAACAGUUAAGUCCAGCUGGACAUGGGGUAUGUGAGUGGCAGCUGGAGGAAGCACAAGUGUUCUGGGCUAAAAAGGAAGAAAGCUUAGCGCUGAGUAUCCUAAAGGAGAUGAUCAAGAAACUGGAUGACGAUUACAUGGUUGAAGAAGACCCAAGCCUGCGGCUGAUUUACACAGAAUGUCUGAGGUUGCGUGGAAGCUGGUUAGCAGAGACAUGCUUAGAAAACCCAACAGUCAUUAUGCAGAAUUACUUGGAAAAGGCAGUAAAAGCUGUUGGGAACCAAAAUGAUGAUAGUAGCACUGAACUCAAAAGUGGAAAGAUGAAGGCUUUUCUGUCCCUUGCUCGUUUUUCGGACACUCAGUAUCAAAGAAUUGAGAACUACAUGAAAUCAUCAGAGUUUGAAAACAAGCAAGCUUUGUUGAGGAAGGCCAAGGAGGAAGUUGGCCUCUUAAAGCAGCACAAAGUUCCUACAAACAGAUACACAGUCAAAGUUCAGCGGGAACUAGAAAUUGAUGAAUGUGCAAUUCGCGCACUGAGAGAGGAUCGCAAACGUUUCUUAUGCAAAGCUGUUGAGAACUACAUUAACUGUUUACUGAGUGGGGAAGAGCAUGACAUGUGGAUCUUUCGACUCUGUUCUCUCUGGCUUGAGAACUCUGGUGUUUAUGAAGUCAAUGUAAUGAUUCAGGAGAAGGCAAAGAAAAUACCCUCUUACAAAUUCUUGCCACUGAUGUAUCAACUAGCUGCUCGAAUGGAAAGCAAGGCAGAAGGAUUUCAUCAGAUUCUGACUAAUCUUAUAGCUAGAAUUUCUCUGGACCACCCACAUCACACUUUGUUUAUAAUCUUGGCAUUGGUGAAUGCCAACAAGGAUGAACUCUUGGCAAAGCCGGAAGCAGCAAGAAGCAGGCAAACAAAAAACACACCGAAAGAAACUUCUCAACUUGACAAGGAGCGGAUGGAAGCUGCUAGCAAUAUAAUUAACAUUAUCAAGCACAAAAGAGCUGAUAUGGUGGCAAAUGUCGAAACCCUUUGUAAUGCUUAUAUCACUUUAGCAAACAUGGACGCAACUCACUGGAAGUCAGAGAGAAGAGGCAUAAAUAUCCCUUCUGAUCAACCUAUCACCAAGCUAAAGAAUCUAGACAAUGUUGUUGUACCCACCAUGGAAAUCAAGGUGGAUCCAAGUGGGAAGUAUGAAAAUUUGGUUACAAUAAGGUCAUUCAAGCCAGAAUUUCGCUUAGCAGGAGGCGUUAAUCUACCCAAAAUUAUAGACUGUGUUGGAUCAGAUGGGAAAGAGAGGAGGCAACUUGUCAAGGGCCGUGAUGACCUGAGACAGGAUGCUGUCAUGCAGCAGGUUUUCCAGAUGUGCAAUGCUCUGCUUCAGCAAAAUACUGAAACCAGAAAGAGGAAAUUGACUAUCCGCAGAUAUAAGGUGAUUCCCCUUUCACAGAGAAGCGGUGUCUUAGAGUGGUGCACAGGAACAAUUCCUCUGGGUGAAUUCCUCAUCAAUACUGACAGCAGUGCUCACAAACGAUAUAGGCCAAAGGACUAUAGUAGCUUAGAUUGCCAAAAGAAAAUGAUGGAUGCCCAAAGGAAAAAUUAUGAGGAGAAAUAUAACGUCUUUAUGGAUGUAUGUCAGAAUUUUCAACCUGUAUUUCGUUAUUUCUGCAUGGAAAAAUUUCUUGAUCCAGCAGUGUGGUUUGAGAAACGGCUGGCGUAUAUUCGCAGUGUUGCUACUUCAUCAAUAGUUGGCUACAUACUUGGUCUUGGAGACAGACAUGUGCAGAAUAUUCUGUUAGAUGAGCAAACUGCAGAACUCGUGCACAUUGAUUUAGGUGUUGCUUUUGAGCAGGGCAAAAUCCUUCCUACCCCAGAGACCAUACCUUUCAGGCUAACAAGAGAUAUAGUGGAUGGAAUGGGCAUCACUGGUGUAGAAGGAGUCUUCAGGAGAUGCUGUGAAAAAACUAUGGUGGUUAUGAGAAACUCCCAGGAAGCUUUGCUUACUAUUGUAGAGGUGCUUCUGUAUGACCCACUUUUUGACUGGACCAUGAAUCCCUUGAAAGCUUUGUAUUUGCAGCAAAGGCCAGAGGAUGAGACUGACAUCAACUCAAGUCUCAAUGCUGCUGAUCAGGGAUGUAACAAAAAAGCAAAUGAUAACCAGACGUUUAAUAAAGUGGCAGAGCGUGUUCUGAUGCGACUUCAGGAGAAGCUUAAAGGUGUGGAAGAGGGGAUAGUGCUCAGUGUAGGAGGUCAGGUGAACCUUCUCAUACAGCAAGCCAUGGACCCAAAGAAUCUCAGCCGCCUCUUUCCAGGGUGGAAAGCCUGGGUGUGAAAAUGUGGGAUUGGUCUUAAUGAGUAGAAAAUGUUGCUGCAUUGCAAGAGAACUUUGUUCCUGCUGUAUUUAAAAUCAUCAGAACUGACAGUGGAAUGCACACAGUCCCCUUGUUUUGUUGCUAUGCAAUGUACUUCACUAAGGGGGCGCCACAACACUGGCAGGAGGCUACAAGUGUGCGCCAACCAUGAUCACUAUCUAUGCUAGAUAACUAUGUAACAUUUAGAAGUCCCUCAUCUAUGGCAUAUGGAAGGUGCCCAUGGCUUUAAACCUGGAGACAAGAAACUGAAAUGUUAUGCUUUAUACAUCAGACUUAAAAGCUGACAAGUACAUUGCCCAAAACAAGGCUCCAUAUCAAAAUUGGGAAGAAAAAUACGGAGAAUUAAAAAUCAUAUGCACAGUGUAAAUUCAUAAUAGAUUACUGUUAUUGAUGGCUGAAAAAUUCAGUUAUUUUUGCUACUCUUAGCUAGCAAAAGCUUACCAUGUGAAAAAUGAUUUUUUUUAAACCUGUUCUCUAUCAUGGAAAUAGUGGCUUUAUCCAAUAUUUUGUGUUCAAACAACAUGCAUUCAAUUUCUAAUGGUUGUGUUACUGUUUUAAAAAUUUAAGUUACUCUUUCUUUUGUCCCCAUCACUGAUUAUGUAAUCCUUGGGAGGGAAAAGCUAAAGGGGCACUAUAAAUGAAUAUAAACUUACUAAGUAAGUUUAAGAUAUAUGAAAACAUGUAUUUACCUUUCAGUAAUAGCUUCAGGCAUGUGUUUGCCAUGUUCACAUGGAAGGAAACAAUUUGUAUAUGUACUUGGUAUUGCAUUCUGUGCUAUUGGAGUAUUGAUUCACUACGAUAAUAACAUCCACCGGAUCCUGACAAAAAUCUAGUCUGCUGCAGAGCUCAAAAGCUACUGACAAAACUCUUGUAUGUGAAAUAAAGCUAUGCUGUUAUAGACAA